UCGCCGGAAAAGAACACACACCUCCCUCUCGGGGGCCGGUCGGAUUCAGUUUCUCCUUCUUAAAGACUCCGUGACCGGGGGGACAAAGUCCUCCUUCCUGAGUCAUUGUAACCCCCCCCCCCCCUCUCUGAAGGGUUUAACGUUACUCCCUCUGCGAGGCUUUACCUGUGCAGGUGAACCACUCGGCUGAACGACAACGUCUCGCAUGAAGACACCCCGCCACAGAUCCCGGCUGCUCGUGACCUCCUCCACCCGCCCCGAGUCCAGAUGAGCAUCCAAGAGGAGGGCGCGCAGGGCGGGGGCGCCUCCUCGCCCCUUUCCCCCGCCGACUACGGACCGGCGACCCCGCCCCCCGACCUGUGCGCUGCGUGCGGCCACUGCCACCAGCUGGAGGAGAACCACGAGUACCUGUACGUGGAAGAGGUGGACGACGACCUGGUGUGCCACAUCUGCCUGCAGGCGCUCCUCUGGCCCCUGGACACGCCCUGCGGCCACACCUACUGCCGCGAGUGCCUCACCAGCUUCCUGCUGGAGAGCGACUUCUGCCCCGUGUGCCGCGCGCCGCUCAUGCUGCAGAGCUGCAGGAAGCCCAGCCUGCUGGUCCACAAGCUGCUGGACAAGCUGACCGUGGCGUGCCCCUUCAGCCAGCACUGCGCCGAGGAGAUGGCCCGGGGCGACCUGGAGGACCACAUCAGGAGCAGGUGCAAAGGGGCGUCUCACUAUGGGCUCUCUGCGGACAGGAAGCGGCGCUCGCAGGAGGGCGAGUGCACCGACAGCACGUCGGAGCUCACCCUCGCCACGCUGCCCGGCGACGGCCCCGCCUCCGCCGCCGUGGCGCUUCUGUCGGACGAGUCCGGCCUGGUCAACCCCGCCUUCGACCCCAGCAUGGAGGACAACAGCCAGUCGGGCAGCACCACCAGCCUGACGGCCCGCAGCGGCAGCAAGAAGAUCAGAAACUUCGACCGCUCGUCGGUGCGGAGCCGCUCCUUCCGGAGGCUCAACCGGGCCUUCAGCGUCCUGCGGAGGACGAAGAGCGGCACCGCGGUGAGCCACGAGACGUCGGAGGAGAGGGACAACGCCCGCAACGCCUCCUCGCCCCAGGAAGUGCUGGCUCUUCCUCAGCUGCACCACCUGAUCCCCGACGGGGAGCUCACCAGCAUCAAGAUCACACGGGCGGAUCCCUCGGAGCCGCUGGCCAUCAGCAUCGUCGGGGGCAACGAGACCCCGCUGGUCCGCGUCCUCAUCCAGGACAUCUACAGGGAGGGCGUCAUCGCCCGGGACGGACGCCUGCUGCCCGGCGACAUGAUCCUCAAGGUGAACGGCAUCGACAUCAGCAACGUCCCCCACUGCUACGCCCUGGCCACCCUCAAGCAGCCCUGCCAGCUGCUCCGCCUGACGGUGCUCCGCGAGCAGCGCCACCGCUACCACUCGCACUCGCACGCCCACCAGGUGCCGGGGCCCACGCGUCCCACGGCCCCGACGCGGGACGAAAGCGUCCACGUGCUGCUGAGCAAGUCCAUCCCGGACGAGCAGCUGGGCAUCAAGCUGGUGCGGCGGCCGGAGGAGCACGGCGUCUUCGUCUUCCACCUGCUGGACGGCGGCCUGGCGGCGCGCGACGGGCAGCUGUGCGUCGGCGACCGCGUGCUCGCCAUCAACGGGCACGACCUGCGCUACGGGGCGCCGGAGCACGCCGCCCUGCUGAUCCAGGCAUCGGAGGAGGGCGUCCACUUCAUCGUGUCCCGUCAGAUCCGCCUCCCCACGCCGGACAUCUUACAAGAGGCUCCGUGGGGGAUGGACGGGCCCCCCCCCUACUCCCCCGUGGACAUCGAGCAGACGCUACUGGACUCCUGCCAGAAGCCGGCGUGCUACGAGAAGACGGUGACGCUGACCAAGGAGCCCUACGACUCCCUCGGCAUGACGGUGGCCGGCGGCAUGUCCAGCCGAGGGUGGGACCUCCCCAUCUACGUCACCAACGUGGACUGUGACGGAGUGGUGGGGCAGGAGGGCUCCAUCCGAAAAGGUGACAUCUUGCUCAACGUGAACGGGUUGGACUUGACGGGGGUGACGCGAGGCGAGGCCGUGGCCAACCUGAAGAACACCUCCUCUCCCGUGGUGCUGAAGGUGCUGGAGAUGCGUCCUCCGGAGGAGGGGCUGCAGGAGUCGCCGCUGCCCUCCUGCCUGGGGCCCGCGGCCCCCCCCGACAGCACCAAGAGCCCGGCGCCCGGCGACGACUACUCGCCGCUGUGGGUGUCCUGGCUGCAGCUGCCCAGACAUCUCUACUGCUGCAAAGACAUCGUGCUGCGGAGGAGCACCUCGGGCAGCCUGGGCUUCAGCAUCGUGGGGGGGCAGGAGGAGGUCAACUGCAACCAGUCCUUCUUCAUCCGCUCCAUCGUGGAGGGGACGCCGGCCUACAACGACGGCAGGAUAAGGUGUGGGGACAUCCUGCUGGAGGUGAACGGGACCAGCACCUGGGGGAUGACCCACACGGCGCUGGUCCGGCUCCUCAAGGAGCUGCGGGGCAGGAUCACGCUGACCAUCGUCUCCUGGCCGGGCAGCCUGCUGUAGCGCCGCCUCGCCGCCGCCGACGAAAGGAAUGUGGGAGGCGGAGCCUAUUGGAGCUCGCUGCGCGGGAGGAACGCGGGAGGAGCAUGGAACCGCGCUUCUGCACGGACGCCUGAGACUUUGGCCGGGACACGAGACCGGACCGUUACCCUGAAGCAGGAUGCUGUUAUUGUGUGUGGACGUUGGAGGACUACAGCUCCACAUUAGCGUCGAGUUGGACUCACAUUUCGUUACUGUAAACGUUGGGUGUGCAAAACAAAACAAAAAAAAAAAAAAAAAAAAGAAGUGGUGACCCGAGCACUUGUAAUGCGUUUCUUCUUGUUCGUGUUCGGCUGCGUUCGGUUGGACGGACGCGUUGCCAAGUAGUCGUCAUGUGGAGGUUUCUCUUUGAUUUCACAAGCAAAUUAUCUCACCACUGGCAAUAAAGUGUACUGAAAGAAU